CGCGGCGCGGGGCGGUGCGCGGCACUGAGCCGGCGGCUCCCGCGGGCGAGGCGGGACGGGCCGGGCCCUGCGUCCGCACGGCACCGACCUGCCCGGCACCGACUGCCCGGGUGAAGAGGCACAGAGAGGAGCUGCGCCCGCUCCCGCUGCGGGCACGGGGACAUUGACAGAGCCCAGGUGCCCAGCCAGCCCUGGCAUCCAAGAUGUCCUUGAAGGUGCAGACCAGCAACAUCACCAACAAGAAUGACCCCAAGUCCAUCAACUCGCGGGUGUUCAUCGGCAACCUGAACACGGCGGUGGUGAAGAAGUCGGAUGUGGAGACCAUCUUCUCCAAGUACGGCCGCGUGGUCGGCUGCUCCGUGCACAAGGGCUACGCCUUCGUGCAGUACUCCAACGAGCGGCACGCGCGCGCCGCCGUGCUGGGCGAGAACGGCCGCGUGCUGGCCGGCCAGAGCCUGGACAUCAACAUGGCCGGGGAGCCCAAACCCAACAGACCCAAAGGGCUGAAGAGAGCAGCCUCUGCCUUGUACAGUGGCUACGACUUCGACUAUGACUAUUACAGAGACGACUUCUACGACAGGAUUUUCGAGUACCGGGGCCGGGUGUCGCCGGUGCCGCGGGUGGUGCCCGUGAAGCGGCCGCGCGUCUCCAUCCCGCUGGUGCGGCGCGUCAAGGCCUCGCUGCCCGUCAAGCUGUUCGCCAGGUCGGCCAUCGCCAACAGCUCGGCCAAGAUCAAGUUGAAGAGCAGCGAGCUGCAGACCAUCAAAACGGAGCUGACACAGAUCAAAUCCAACAUCGAUGCUCUCCUGGGCCGGCUGGAGCAGAUUGCUGAGGAGCAGAAGCUGUCUGCAGAGGCCCGGAAGAAGGUGGAGAGCAGCAAGAGCGAGGUGUCCCAGGAGGACACGGCCUCCGAGGCCGAGGCCACCGCGGAGGAGCCGCUCAACGGGGACGAGGGCGAGGAGGAGGGGCUGGCACGGGAGGAGGGUGAAGAUGAACUGGAGAACAGCCAUUACACAGACGUGGAGGAUGCCAGGCUACAGUAACCAGCUGUGAGCAACAGUGUGAGGAAAGCACGAGGCUGAACCCUGUCCUGGCACGUUGAGCAAGGCAAGCUGAAUGGAAGUGCUGCUGUCAUCUCUACCUGGCAUUCAAAGGAGAAACAUGGCCCGACAUCUUCCAUCCAUCUGUAAAGCAAAGGCAAAGAAAACUCAUCCUCCCAGCAGAUCCCCACCACCCCUGCCAUGGAUUUGGAGCUCUGCAGGCAGCAGAGGAGCUCUGCACGACCCAGAGCCACCACAUAGAGCAGGUGUGUCCCCAGGGCAGCCAGAGGUGCUCUAGAGCUGCUUGCAGCAGAGCAGAGAGAGCUCAGCCCAACCCAAUAAAGACAUUUUUCCUGUGUGAGGUGAGAGCCAGAGCAUUUCCUAACUGAGGGAAAGUAGUGUCUCAGUCUGGACAGUUUGUGUUCUUGUGCUGAAGGUGCUGUUGAUCAGAGGCUGUGGGGUGAGCUGUCCUCCAGCUCAGCCACCUCCUGCCACCUCUCUGUGCCCCAUGAGCUGCUGUGUGUCCACAGUCACUUCCAGGUGCAAAGGAGUCUCUGCUGGAGCAGCUGCUGUGCUCUGGGAAGCUGCUUGAGGAGGGAAGGGGAGAAAAAGCUGCAGGAAAUCAAGUGAUCCCAAGCAGGAGAGAACAAGCAAACACCACCCUGAGUGGUUUGGUGUCCUCAUUCUCCACCGUGUCAGGGCUGAGCAACCCUCUGCAGAGUGAGGGGCGUGGAUGAGACCCUUUCCUUGGACCAGCUGCUCCUGGAAGGGAUGUGGAGCACCCAACUCCUACAGCCUGGAGCCAGAGACCUUCCCUGGCUGCCCACACUUCUUCCUGCCGCAGUCAGGGCACGUCAGGAGCGUGGUGUGACCUCUCUGCUCCUGCCUGAGCUCCGUGGUGAUGGCAUGCCCGAGGCUGGGCACAGGGAAUGCCCUGGGCACUGUGGCUGGGCAGCACCUCCCCUGUGCCCUGCCCCGUGCUGGGAGCAGAGGGCUCCUCGUGGGAGGCCUGGGCCAUUCUCUCCUCUUUGUCCUUCCUGGGCUCCUCCCGUUUUCCCGGGGGCUGAACCUCACACAGCACUUUACUCACACCUGGUGUGUCCUGCCUGCCCCUUCCCCUCCAGAUCCCACACACACAGCAGUGCUUGGAACCCAGAGCAGAGUCCACACCUUCCCCCUGGCCUGUCACGACACCUGGGUGGUCCUGAGUGCUCCAACCUCAUCCACAGCAUCUCUUGGAAGGGUGAAGGGAAAACAGCUCCAGGGGGGUGACACUUCCCUGCCCCUGGUGCCAUCCUGGAGCACGCAUGGCUCUUGAAGCACAAAGUUUUCUUUGCAUUUCUUAGUUUGGGCUGCUUGAGGAGGGGUUGGAGGGAGCCCCGUGCUUGCCCUGCCCUUGCCCAGUUCCUGUGCAAGGUCUGCACUGAGUUGUCCUGAGCUGUUCUCCAGGCCUGGAGAGAUGAGCUGCAGGUUUGGCUGUGAACUGACUGUGCUGCUGCUGUUUGGGAGAGGCGACCUUGUACAUACGAUCCUGUAUAAUAAAAGAAAGA